AGAAGCACCUUCACAGGCUGCAGCCCCCGGGAGCAGCGGUUCGCCUGGAGCCUAGCGCCUGCCUCGGUCCGGUGCAGCCGCUGGAGGGUGGGGCCUGGGGAGGCCUGCAGGCUUGUCUCCCCGCAGACCGCCCGUCUCUGUGCUUGCUCAGGGCCCGGCCGACCUCUGGCCAUGGGGCACUGCCGCCUGUGCCACGGCAAGUUCUCCGCGCGGAGCCUGCGGGACAUCUGGGGGGCGCCUGGGGACAGUGCGGAGAGGCCCUCCUCCGGGAGCCGGGUCUUCGUCAGGGACUUCCAGUGUCUGCUGGGGGUGGCCGUCCGCCAGGACCCUGCGCUGUCCCCGUUCGUCUGCAAGAACUGCCAUGCCCAGUUCUACCAGUGCCACGGCCUCCUCACGUCCUUCCUGCAGAGGGUCAACACCUCACCAUCGCGCCCCCGGAAGCCGUGCGCACAGGUCGGCGCCCACCCCCUGGCAGGCUCGGAGGAGGGAGCGCUGGACCUGACUAGCCCGAGCACCCAGGGCCUGCACGGCUUGGUGGGGUGGGUGCACGGACAUGCGGCCAGCUGCGGGGCCCUGCCCAGCCUCCAGCGCACGCUAUCCUCCGAGUACUGCGGCAUCGUCCGGGCUGUGUGGGGCUGUGACCGGGGCCACGACUACACCAUGGAUGCUGAGGCCAGCUGUGGGGGCCGCUGGCGGGGCAGCCACCCGGCCGUCCAGUGGGCGUGGGAUAAGGAGGCCCAGCAUCGGGAUCCGCCCCUGCGGGCCACCCCACAGGUCGGCCAGGGCAGAGCAGCCGGGGCCGGGCCCGAGGCCCAGACAGAGAUGCUGCCCGGCUCGGACCUGGCGCAGCCGCCUUCGGAUGGCAACCCCGUGGGGCCUGGGCCUGGCCCCCCGCCUCAGCCCAGCCACCCCCCAAGGGGGACCCCAGGGCGAUUGGUGGAGAAGCAGGUCCCGUCUCCAACUGCGGAUGAUCGGGUAAAAGACGAGUUCAGUGACCUUUCUGAGGGGGACUUGCUGAGCGAGGACGAAAACGACAAGCGGCAGAACCCCCCGUCCUCCGACGAGUCCUUCGAGCCUUACCCAGAAAAGAAGGUCUCUGGUAAGAGGAGUGAAAGCAAAGACGCCAAGAAGCCUGAAGAACCAAAAAUUCGAAAGAAACCUGGGCCCAAGCCCGGCUGGAAGAGCAAGCUGCGCGGAGAGAGGGAGGAGCUGCCCACCAUCUACAAGUGCCCUUACCAGGGAUGCACCGCUGUGUAUCGAGGGGCCGACGGUAUGAAGAAGCACAUAAAGGAGCACCACGAGGAGGUACGGGAGAGGCCCUGCCCCCACCCAGGCUGCAACAAGGUGUUCAUGAUCGACCGCUACCUGCAGCGGCACGUGAAGCUCAUCCACACAGAGGUGCGGAACUAUAUCUGCGACGAGUGCGGACAGACCUUCAAGCAGCGCAAGCAUCUCCUGGUCCACCAGAUGCGCCACUCGGGAGCCAAACCUCUGCAGUGCGAGGUCUGCGGGUUCCAGUGCCGCCAGCGGGCGUCCCUCAAGUACCACAUGACCAAGCACAAGGCCGAGACGGAGCUGGCCUUCGCCUGUGACCAGUGCGGCCGGAGGUUCGAGAAGGCCCACAACCUCAAUGUGCACAUGUCCAUGGUGCACCCACUGACACAGGCCCAGGACAAGACGCUGCCCCCUGGGGCGCGGCCAGGCCAGGCCGUGAAGCCCGAGCCCACCUGAGGCCCAGCCCAGGUGGUGGCGGAUGAUGGUGUGUCCUGACCCCCGUGCUGGCCCAGUGCGAAGUGGCCAGGGGCUCGGCCCGCGCCUCAGGGCCCUUCCGGGCUCCGUGCUGGCCGGCAGUUUCCACAAACACUGACCCCUCCCCCUACCGAAGCAGUCAGGAGAUUGUGACCCACUUUUUAGCACAAGGAGAGCUCGGCGUCGUGCUUGUAAUAAAUUAUUUACAAUGCGAGGGGUGCGUCAGACAGUUGGGCUCCGGG